ACCCGAUAGAAGUUCAAAUAUGAUCUUCAUAUUAUGAUAUAGCUAAGCGGGCAAUUGAAUACGCUACAUAUUUUUUAUAUUAUUGUUAUAAAUAAUAUAAAAAUGCUUAUACAAUGCCUUUUGCAGAAAUUAAGUGUAUUCGUGAAGUGAGCAGUGAAGAUAAUAACUAUCAAGCUGCAAAUUUAAUCAAAUCUACAGCAAAAAAGUGGAAAACGCAAACUUGUGGAGAAAGAGUUGCGUUUGUUGUACUCGAAUUAAGUAAGCCGCAAAUCAUUACAGGUAUUGAUAUUGGAAAUGAACAUUCAGCUUUUAUAGAAGUAUUGGUAAGCAAUACUAGUUGCAGCGCAAACGAUUUUACCGAAAUUCUGGUGACUUGCUCGUUUAUGACACUUAUAGAGAGCAAAAAUUCGACAAACGUCAAUCGGGUCCGUUGUUUUAAUAAAGACGCUUUAGUACCAACGGCAACAGCUGAAAAGUGGCAGUUUAUUAAAGUGAUUUGCAGUCAACCUUUUAACAAACACGUACAAUAUGGGCUGUCGUUUAUUAAAAUACAUGUCGAUGACAACCAAAAUAAAAAAAUGGCUUCUGAUAAGCCGAAUAUCCAAUUCAACACAAAUAAUGUGGCUAUUACCACUGAGCAACUAAAUACUUCCCAAUUGGGUAAAUUUAGGUUGCGAGAGGAGUCCCCAGAAUCUGAAUCAGAAAACUCAACAUCACUAUUUAAAAGAUGGAAAUCUACUGAAAUGAAUGCUGAUUUAAGAAAAUCUCCUAUAGAAAGAAAAAAUGUGAAAAGAACAGAAGAGCCUGCAAAUAAUAAAGAGGGACCUUUUUGUUUGGAUCGAAAUAGAAAAGAACUUGGAUUUGGUAGUGAAGAUACGAGUGGUGAUGAAAAAAUUUCCAUGAAAAGACAAAGAUUAUUAAAAGCUAUAGAGAUUGAACAUCAAAAACAGCAAAAUAAAACUGAAAUAUCUAAAGUUCCCACCGACAAUAAUAAAAACAUAACGUCUUCUGAAAAGGCAAAGAAAAAACACGAAAAUUACGAGGAGAAAGCAAUGAAGAAACACAAAAAUAUAAGUGAUGGAGUAGUCAAAACUCAUAAUGACAAACCUAAGAUCUUUCGUCCUUUUAAUGAACUACUAAAGGGAACGGUUUUAGUUAUUAGUGGAAUACAAAAUCCAGAUCGAGCAGACAUUCGGGAUAAAGCUUUGUUAAUGGGAGCAAAGUAUAGAGCAGAUUGGGGAACUGGUUGUACACAUUUGAUAUGUGCCUUCAAGAAUACACCAAAAUAUAACCAGGUGAGAGGGAAGGGCAAAAUAGUUACUCGUGCUUGGAUAGAAGACUGCUACAAACAAAAGAAAUGUUUGCCUUGGCGAAGAUUUGCAUUGGAUAGUACCGAUCUUAAUAAACCCGACAGCGAGGAUGAGGUUCUAGAUGAAUCGCUUAAACCUAUUGAAUCAUCGGCCACCAAAAUUAAAUCCAAGGAUCUAGCUUUGAAGGUAUCAAUCCAUCCAUCUAAUAGUUCUAUAGAUGACGCAGUUUCAUCAGGGAGUGAUACAGAUGAUGAUAUUCAACGUGUUUUACAGAGUAAUAUUGCAAAAGAAGCAAAACGAUCCUGUGAAAGAGGAGAUUUUGAUGUAUCUACAGAAGAAGAAGACUUUCUGAACGUGAAGACAAAGUCAGUACAAAAUGCGAAGCUUAAAUAAGAGUUUCUGUAUUUGUAUUCGUUAAAAACUAUAUUUUUAUAAAUAAAGAUCGAAAUUAAUUGAAAUUGAA